AAACUUCUCGUCAUUGCUGAACAACCGGUAGGGGAUGGAAGGGGCACCCAUUGGCCGAAAAGGAGGUUCGCGAUAAUCUUUCGCACUACAGAGGGACAGCUAUCACGUAGCCAGACGCAGUGUCUCGAUGGAUGGAUAUCGCGCUGCAUGGGAGUAGUGGAUGCGAUUAACGACCUACCGGCGAAAGCUCUUGUCGUUGCUGACCUGUCGGGUGGAAGGUGGGGACACUUAUUUGCCGCCAUAAAGCAGAUCUGGUAAUAGGUCACCGCAUGUCGGAAGAACGGCCUGACCUCCUCAGCGCACCAGCUGUCGGACAUCAUCUCUCUCUCUGUGUCUGUCUUUCUGUCUCUCUGUCUCUCUGUGUGGCGGGGAGGGGGGGGUGGAAGUAGAGCAUGGUUUGAUCGGAUAUUUCUGUGAAUACUCCGGGAUUAAGCAAGAAGUCGGGAGCGGCGAAAUUUAGGUGACCUCCUCUCUCUCUCUCUCUCUCUCUCUCUCUCUCUCUCUCUCUCUGUGUGUGUGCUCCCGCGUAUCUCUUUCUCUCGUUGUGGGGGAGUGGAGCAUAGUGCUAAUUGGGUAUUUGUGGAAAUACCCUGGGGGGGGGGGAGUUAAGCAAGACGUGGGCAGGGACAGGGACGAAAUCUAGGUAAUCAUGCGGGGGUAUUUUCGCUCAGCGCCACGACUGGUCGCCGACGAAUUGUCAACGACCAUCUGGGACCCGUCGAUUGAAGCGGCACCUUUGGACGAGAAGAUCAGGCACCAUGUCGCCCUCAAUCUUCCGAGGUCGUUGAUGGCACCGAGUUUGUCGACGGACGAGAAGACGAAGAUGGGCGAAGCCUAUCUUGAUGGCAAGUUCGGCGCUCCCGAGGACGUCAAGCACGCGAUAUGGUGGUUUACGGCGGCGGCAAAAGAAGGCGACGCCGACGGUCAGUUUCAAUUAGGUCUUCUCUAUGAGCAGGGAGGUCGAUCGGAGUUGGACGACGACGAUUUGGCUUUCGACUGGUUCAUGAAAGCGGCGCAACUGGGUCAUGCGAAAGCCGCUCUCGUGAUUGGCAGAUGGUUUCAGCAAGGCCGGGGUCCAACGCCUGUGGCUAAGGUUGAGAGACUUGGAAGAGCUGCCCCGCGGACGCCCAUCGCGAGGCGAGGGGAGAGGGAGUUGCUGGAGGAAGGAUUACGGUGGUUUAUGCUGGCGGCGCAAAGGCAGCUGCCAGAGGGUCAGUAUGAGGUGGGCAGGUGCUACGAAUCUGGUCAGGGUUGUGCGAAGAAGACACUGGAGGAGGCCGUCGUGUAUUAUAGAAUGGCGUCAAGUCAGGGUUUUCCGCCGGCGCAGUACAGGAUGGGGGUGUGUUAUGAGAGGGGAGAGGGGGUGGGGUCACAAGAUUGGUACCAGGCGGUGAAUCUGUACCGAAGGGCGGCCGAGCAGGGAAAUGCCGAGGCAAGGGUGGCGUUGGGUAAGUGUUUGGAAAGGGGUGUGGGGGGGUUGGAGAGAUCGAUGACGACGGCGGCGGCGAUGUACGGUCUGGCGGCGGCACAGGAGAACGCCGAAGCGCAGUACUUGUACGGAUUGUGUUGUGAGGAAGGGCGUGGAGUGAACCGAGAUGACGAGCUGGCGCUCGCGUGGUACAGAAAGGCGGCCUACCAAGGGUACGAACCGGCUAAGGAGAAGCUUAGGGGUCGCGGUUAGCUCGCGGGAGGCAUUGUGCCCGUUCCCCUCUCCUCCUCUCCGCGUAUGGGAUUCCUGAUACCUCGCGCGUGAUGUGGAGAGGAGGAAGCAGCUACGUUACCGGACUCGGAUAUCAAGCGUCAUAUUCUGUAUCAUCUACGUGUAAGAUCUACGUGUAAGAUCUACGUGUAAGAAAGGACAGAUCUGUGAGUAUGUCUGCAGCCAAUCCCUUGAGCUGGCGAUGAGAAAAAGUCGACAUGCAUGAACCGAAGGCGGACAGGAAGAGGGGGGUAUGCAGGCUGGCGGCCGGCAAGGGGACAUAAAAUCAUGAAUAUGUUCACUCCAUUUUAAUAAGGUUUUUCGGGGUAAGCGAUUGUGUGCUAGUAAGUGUUUUAUAUCAGCGUGCGUCAUUUUGAGUACAAAAUCUUGAAAGAUCUUUUCUGCCCACCGCCGCACGCAAACGAAGCUGAUGAUCGCAGUGCACUAGUGGAAGGUGUUCAGCGGCAAAGGGUUUUCCUUGCUUUCAGUUGUGCCAGCGACCCAUCGUGUGUACAGUGGAGCUACUGAUGUCUGUCGAAACGUUUUUGUUGUUGUGGUUGAUUUAAGCAAACGAGAGAAGAAUAUAGAUUAGUUAAAAAAAAAAGUUAGGUCGUUGAUGAUCUUGAACAGAUCAUCGGAGGAGUGCUGCACUGUAGAAUGCACAGAGGAAUUUUCUGGUUGAAGCAGGUAUGGAUGGAAGUUGCGAUGUCCGUCUUGGCGGACCGGGACAUGGCAAAUGGACAUGGAACGAGAACUGGUUCCCAUCUUGCUGGCGUUGUUCUUCCGAAUGGGAAUCCGUUCAUGUGCUCCGUAUCUGCGUCACAUUGUGAUCUGUAUCUGGCCUUACAGAAUCCUAUAGAUGUAAUGACCCCUUGCUCUCUUUGGGAAACCCCGAAGAAAGGGUCCUUGUGGUCCCAUGUCCCAAGGUGAGGAAGAACGGAAUGCCGCGAUGUGUGUAAAGUACUAAAAAGUGUUUUGUAAUCUAAAAAAAUAGCCAUAGUCGUCAUCGUGCUCUUCUUUUUCUUUGUAUUUGUCGAAUGUUUUCCCCUUUUGUGACAGCCCCAUUUUAAUGAUUGCAAUUGGGAAAGUAGUACUGGCCACUAGUCAUUGUACCCAGACUGGAAGUUGCUCCCGGUACGGCUUUAAUGACCAUGCAUGCAUUCUAUCAGGAGAAGACAGUGGAUGAGGAGAUGGUACGGAAGCUGAUGCCUCCUCCCGAGCACUCUGUAUUAAUCUAUAACAGGGAGUGAAGACAGGGAAAUGCUGCUGCUGCUACUUCUGGUACUGGGUGGAUGUGACAACGCAAUGCAAUCCCUUGAUGCUUCUUGCUGAUGAUCUUGAUUGGGUUUCGUUAAUGGUAUUAGACCGCGCUUACGCCCUCUCUACCUUCCCCCCUCGCCUUCCUUCUCCCCCUACUUCUUCUUCCUCUUCUGCUUGCUUUCUUCUUCUUCUUCUUCUUCUUCUUCUUCUUCUUUCUUCGUCUUCUUGCUUUCUGGUUUUCUUCUGCUUGCUUUCUUCUUCUUCUUCUUCUUCUUCUUCUUCUUCUUCUUCUUCUUCUUCUUCUUCUUCCUUGUCUUCGUCUUCGUCUCAUGAUUUCUUCUUCUUCUUCUUGCUUUCUUGUUUUCUUCUGCUUGCUUGCUUCUUCUUUCUUCUUCUUCUUUCUUCUUCUGGCUUUCUGUGUCUUCUUCUUCUUCUUCCUUGUCUUUGUCUUCAUCUUCGUCGCACGAUUACUGAUCUGGAUGGAUAGCCUAUAUCUGUUGAUGAGUGUCAAUUUGUCAAAGCAAGUGAUUUAGCCAUGGGAGGACCUGAAAUGGGAGUUGGACCUUGAAACAAGGUGGAGCAUGGUUUAGAGAACAAAAAAGGGGGAGACGAACAGCUCCAGGUGACCGCUCGGACUGGUAGCUGUUGCAGUCUGUGAACCGUCUUGUUUAUGGGAAUGCAAGUCUUUUGCAUAGCUCCCUAUUGUACAUAGCUUAGCUAUUGGGGGUAGGGGUAGGGUGUUUGUGGGUGGGUGGGGGAAGGAUGCUUGUGGGCAUCUUCCGGAGAGUGAUGGGGCUAAUGUAUCAAAGGAUGUGGCGAAGAGCUUCCCAAAUCAAUGGUGCCAAUGCGUACAACUUCAAACAGCACAGCUGUUGUAGUAUAAUGCAGCAGUUUUUGUUUUGCUAAGUAUCAGCUCCAGAGAGGGCAGGGACAUGUCCUUGUGCCAAUGUAUGUUAUGAAUCGACAAGACGACUGACAAAUUGACGAUAUACAUGUUAAGUACUACAUAUUAUAGAUUGUUUAUAGGUUUGUGGUGCCCUUUGUAUUGUAUGCUUGCAAUUUUCAU